AACCAACGCUGGCCGCCCAAGGCUGGCCCGCUGUCAUUGACUUGUCGACGUCGUGGGGGUGAGACCGAAUCCAGCAAAGUAGGAAACGGGAGGGGAGAAGCUUCUUUUACUUCCGCGCGGCGAUCUCCCGUCCAAACCCACCCAUCCAACCCACCGCCCAAGGUCGCCGCGGAUCUAGCAGCCUCGUCGGAGCGGAGAUGAAGAUCACGGCGCUCGUCGUGCUGAAGCCGUCGGCCGGGGGCGCCGGGGGCUCCUCCUCCAGCGGCGGGCAGGGCUCCGAGGCGCUCGUGCUGGCCAACGCCACGGACGUCAGCCACUUCGGCUUCUUCCAGCGCGGCGCCGCCCGGGAGUUCAUCGUCUUCGUCGCCCGCACCGUCGCCCAGCGCACCCAGCCCGGCCAGCGCCAGUCCGUCCAGCACGAAGAGUACAAGGUCCACUCACACAACAGAAAUGGCCUCUGCGUGGUGGCAUUUAUGGAUGAUCACUAUCCUGUACGAAGUGCAUUUUCUCUUCUGAAUAAGGUACUUGAUGAAUACCAGAAGGCUUUUGGGGAUGCUUGGAAAGCCGCCACAGCAGAUUCCACUCAAGAGUGGCCUUUCCUGAUGGAAGCUUUGACAAAAUUUCAGGAUCCUGCAGAGGCUGACAAGUUAACAAAAAUUCAGAGGGACUUGGAUGAAACAAAAAUUAUCCUACAUAAAACUAUAGAGAAUGUCCUUCAAAGAGGAGAGCGAUUGGAUAGCUUGGUUGAAAAAAGCUCAGACCUGAGUGCUGCUUCACAGAUGUUCUACAAGCAGGCGAAGAAAACAAACAGUUGUUGUACUAUACUUUGAAGCUUGAACUGUGAUCCUCCAAUCUUUCUUGGAAGGCUCCAGAAAGAAAAUCAACCCAAUAUCGUUGUGUUGUACCGUAAGUCCGAUUGCUCAUGAAAACGUGCUGGGAUCAAUACUGUAAAUCUGUUAUUCGUUGUUGGUGCCUUUGAAUAGCAACUAACAUCACUUGUCGGACUAGAUGGUUUCUCCCUGCGCUAUACUCCUUAGCAAUGGCCAACAUCAAUUGUCUUCUGCAAUAGAUUGUUGAUAUCUCAGUUCUCAAGUAGUAUGUUGGAGCACCGUUGCUACUCUUAAUUUAAGUAUGUUGGAACACUGGUUGCUACUUGUAAUUUAUGUUCGAUUGAAGAUUGUUUGUACUAUGCUUC